CUGACGGACUGAUGCCCUCGUGCCGCGUCCUAUCGUCGUCCGCCAUCCAUCCCCGCGACCUCCCUCUGCUCCAAUGCCUCUCCCGACGCGACCUCCGCGCUGCUCGCCGCGUCCUCGAUGACUCCGCCCACCACCCCGGAGCUGUCGUCCGCUGGACCUCCGCCAUUUCCCGCUUCGCCAGCGCCGGCUUCCUCCCCGAGGCCGUUGCCCUCUUCGACCUCAUGCCCCGCCGCAACCUCGUCACCUGGAACGCUCUCCUCGCCGCUUAUCUCCACGCCGGCUGCACGUCCGCCGCCCUGGACCUCUUCGCUCGGAUGCCCGGCCGCAAUGUCGUCUCCUACACCUCCGCCCUCUGCGCCCUCGCCCGCGCCGGCCGGAUCGACGACGCCCGGGCACUCUUCGACGCCCUGCCGGAGCGCAACGUCGUCUCCUACAACGCCAUGCUCACGGCUCUGGCCAGGAGUGGGGACCUCGCGGGCGCUCGGAGGCUGUUCGACGAAAUGCCCGAGCGGAACGCCGCAUCCUGGAACUCGCUCAUUGCGGGGUACGCCGAGCGAGGGCACAUGGCGGAGGCCAGGAGCCUGUUCGACGAGAUGGUGCGGUGCGGGUCCGCCAACGUGGUGUCGUGGACGGCCGUGAUCGCGGGGUACGCGCGAGCGGGCGACGUCUGGGAGGCGUACGAUCUGUUUCAGAUGAUGAUUCCCGACCCUAACGUCGUCACCUGGACGGCCAUGAUGGGGGGGUUCGCGUGGAACGGGUUCCAUCACGAGGCGGUCUCUCUGUUCCUGGAUAUGAGUCGGACGGCGGAUCGCUUGGAGCCCAACGGUGAGACUCUGCUGUCUUUGAUCUACGCCUGCGCCGGCAUGGGGUUCCCCUGCUUAGGGAAGCAGGCGCACGCGUACGCGCUGGUCCACGGGAUGGACGGCAAUGGCGAGGACGCGAGGCUAACAAAGGGCUUCAUCUAUAUGUACUCUCGAUUUGGGUACAUGGAUUGGGCUCGCCACAUAUUUGACAGAAGUAUUCGCAGGUGUGAUGCGGUCUGCUGGAACUCCAUGAUCGAGGGGUAUAUACGGAUCGGACGGCUGGAAGAAGCCCGGCGCCUGUUCGACGAGAUCACCGUUGAUUCGAGAGAGCUGUCGUGGGUGACCAUGAUCGUCACGUGGACCAUGAUGGUGUCCGCCUACUUCGACGCUGGGGACUUGGCGGAGGCGCGGCGGCUGUUCGAGCGGAUGCCGGAGCGCGACGCCACCGCAUGGACGGUCGUGAUCUCUGGACUCGUCAGGAACGAGCGGGUGGCGGAGGCCUUCGGGGCGUUCGCGGAGUCGCGCGCCGCCGGGUUCGCGCCCGAGGGGCACGCGCUCGCGGCGCUGCUGGGGGCGGUCGGAUCGGUGGCCCGCCUCGAGGUCGGCGAGCAGGUGCACGGACUGACAGUGAAAACCGGGCCCGCGUCCGACACCGUGCUCCGCAACGCCCUCGUCGCGAUGUACGCCAAGAGCGGCGACUUGGAGGGCGCGCGGAAGGUCUUUGAGGAGGAGGCGGCGGGGAAAGGAGGAGGGUGGCGCGACGCGGUGACGUGGAACACGAUGGUGAUGGGUCUGGCGCACCACGGGCGGGCGCACGAGGCGCUGCGGCUGGUCGUGGAGAUGAAGCAGGAGGUGGAACCGGACGGAGGCACGUGCCUGGGGGCUCUGAUGGCUUGCGAUCACGUGGGGAUGGUGGAGCGGGCGGAGGAGGUGAUCCGGUUCAUGGUAGACCGCGGGAUCGCGGUCAGGGCGGAGCACUACGCGUGCGUGGUGGACAUGUUGGGUCGGGCAGGGCGGUUCGAAGCGGCGGAGCGGUUCGCCGGGUCGGCGCAGGCGGCGGCGGCGGCGGGCGGGGGCGAGGAGACGGCGGUGGGGGAGCGGGCGGCGCGGAUGGUGCUGGGGAUGGACCCGAAGAAUGCGGCGGCCCACGUGGCUUUGUGCCACGUUUACGCCAGGAGCGGGAGCCACAAGGAAGAAGUGGUGGUGCGGGCGGAGAUGGGGAGGAAGGGGGUGAGGAAGAGGCCCGGCUGUAGCUGGAUCGGGUGGAGGGGGAUGGUACACGCGUUUGUCUGCGGUGAUAGAUCACAUCCACAGACGGACGAGAUUUACUCGAUGCUAGCUCAGCUCACUGGCGAGAUAGGAAGCCUUAGCAAUGGAUAAUGUAUCAUGUACAGGGA